AUGUCGGGCGCAACGAAUGCCUGGCUGUCUCGGCAGCGCAAGAGCGACCUCGUCGAGCUCGCCGAGCUGACCGGACUUACUGGGUACGAGUCCCAAAAGAAGGCCGACUUGGAGGUCACUCUCGAUGAGUACCUUGCCGAAAACGCGACGAAAUUCUCUAGGGAACCCAAGCUCGUCCCUUACUACAACAGCCGCGCCAAGGCAGCUGGUUCGCCUGUGAAGAGGGAAGCACCCCUGACGGAUCUUGUCAAGUCUACGCGACGCAGGACCACGAGGGCUAUUGAGGAGAUCCUUCCCGAGCCCGAGGCUGAAGAGGAAUCAGUGUCAUCAUCUAGCCCAGAGCCUGCCGCGACUUCGACCGCCUUGGCGACGCGUACUCCUGCCCGCCAACUGUCACUAGCCAGCCGCAUCCCUCUACCCGCAACGCCGGCCGACGUUGCUGAAGCUGUUGACCGACACACCGUUGCCCUCCGCGAGCGCGCGACUGAACUGUACGACCAGUCUGGUAUCCAGGAGGGUACUCAAGCUGUCCGCUCUUCUCUGUCGACAGUCACCGCCAUCCUAUUCACCGUUGCCGCCUUCGAAGCUUGGAACCUUCGCGCGGAGGUACUGCCGACACGCUAUGCCUUCACAAUUCCCGCAAUUCCGGCUUUGGGCACGAAUUUCUACCCUGUCUACGUACCCGACGCGUUCUUGUUCGUGACUUCGUCAUUCUGGUCACCCGUUACCCUAUGGACUCUCACCUCUGUCCUCAUUCCUUCUCUGUUUGGGUACUUCUACAACCUGAGCGCUGCGAGCCAUCCCCAGGGACGCGGUCGCACUCAGACAGUCGAAUACAACGUCGACCCGUUGGUAUUUAGCAUCGUGAAGGCCCUGAUCUCCUUUGUCGUCUACGGGCAAAAAGUCACUUUCGGUGGCUGGAUCAGCGACAACUCGAUCGAGCGUAUCAACGGCGCCUUGUACGGCGAGUGGAAAGGAAUCCUGACAGGCGCUGCCAUCACUGGUCUGGUGAGCCUGUACGACGCCGUUUUGAAGAAAUAG